GUCGCAAUCGUGCCGCGCUGAAGACCGCCAACGACUGGCUUCAGCCGCACGGACGUUAAUCGAUAGAGUAAAGUUUCUGUAGAAAUUCUCACAUUUUUCCCGCAGUCUUGCGAAGCCGGCCGUUACAGUGACUCCUCCGGAAGUUUACUUAAUCGCGUUCCCAACGUAUUCUUUAUUCCGUUCCUUGAAUUCCGCCGCCAUCGCCGCCGCCGAGGCCCUACAUUUGAAAUCGUCCUUUACGCGCGUGCAGUGAAACAAAUAUUUGACCACGAAAAAUUUCGACUCGCGCGAUUUUGCCUCCGUGACGAGGUACGGCCGACCGAAGCGAAGAGCUCGUGAAGCGUCAGAAAAUGUAAUACACACACACACACACACACACACACACAACUUGGAUCCUCACGUUUCCCUUACAAGCGCCUUAUUAGCGCCUCGUGAAUUUCGUUAUUGAAUAUUUCCAAUUGCAAGUAAUUGUGCGGAGAACUCGCGUGCGCGCAGAGAACGCCCGCGCCUUCGCAAUAAGCGACGGUGUCGAGUGUCACACAGAGUGAUAUAACUCAUGUAUUCAAUUUCAAUAUGUACAGUGUGCGUGGUAGAAGUAUUCUCUGAAAUAGCGUUUCCUCUAAGCUAACCCGAUGCGCCAUGCACAUAUUUAUUUUUGCCCACUGAACGAGCGUCGAAUCGUUAGGCCUUGCGAUAUCUUCGACGUCCCCGUAAAUCUCGCAUGCCGAACUACAUACAUACUGACUGGUCUUUGACGGUACAUAUGUAACUAUGCUAAAAUGUCGCUCAAUUGUCGAAUAAGACAAGGUGCAGCAGGUGUGUAUCGCGGUAUCGCGGCUCGGCAUCCGAUUAAUCGCUUAAUGUAAUGUCGCGCGCCGAUUAUCACGAUGUCCGUCGUCUCAAGAACGAACAGAUGGACCUCGAGGCUAGUCAUUGCACUGCAGCUGGUCACCUGGAGUACAGUCAGUAUAAUUCUACUCCAGAAGGGCGUGAGUUCCUUGCAGAGGAGGAAGCUAGAAGCCAGCCAUGUUACCGAGGCGAAUCCAUCGAUUGAUGGGCUGAGCGCCGAAUCCAGCACCGUGUCGUCCGCAAAAGCCAGUGAAAACAAGACGAGACAAUCAGUCGAUGAGAUCGCAAAGCUGAUCAUCCGGUUCAACUCGGAAUUGGCACGGCGAAAUAACCGUUCCGGAUUGAAUAUAAUUAAGAACGAGUUGGGAGACGAGUUUAAAUUCGUGUCAGAAGGACGACGACCCGUGUCCUUGCCGAACUCUCUCGAGAUUUCGACGACUGAUCAGGAUACGUUGAGCUCCUCGCUAAUGGGAAACCGUUUAUUGGACGAGCGUGAUCCUGACGGCAAAAGCAUAUCGAGCAGAAUUCUGAGAAUUCACGAUAAAAUCAUCAGCCAUGAAAUUUCGAGAAAUCGCGCGGAGGAAAACAUCGCGAGUUCAGAGAAAUCCAUUUCGCAAUCGAUCUCGAAGGAGGAAAGAAAUCGCCACCAGAAAAAAGAAGAUAACGAUUUUGCAGAGAAUAUAUCGCCAUCUACGUUAUCAUCCACUCGAGAAAAACUUGACGACCAGGUGCCAACGUUGGAUUCUCUUUGGAGGACGAAAGAGGACGCACGAUUUUCGCAUCGCGUAAGCUCCAGCGGAGCCGCGAUGGCCGUCGUUAUGGUAGUAAUCGGGACCAUCAUGUUAUUGUUGGGACCGGCUGUAAUCGUUUUGCGACUUUUGGAUGAAAGAAGAGCGAGGAAAUUACAAAAUGAACUAUCCGACGAUACUGCGUGGCAAGAGGACUUGCCACCGGCGUAUGAACAAGUCGUUUUGAUGGACGAGGAAGCUCCGAGAUAUUCGACGUUAGUUUUCAGCGGUCUGGUUAGCGAUGAUGUACACUUGUCGUCGUCUUCGUCGACGCUUUCGCCUUCGCCUUCGCCUUCGCCUUCGCCUUCGCCUUCGCCUUCGCCUUCGCCUUCGUCUUCACCUUCACCUUCGCCUUCACCUUCGUCGCCUUUCUCAUCUGCUUAUGGUUCUUCCCUGGACAUUUCUGAGAUAAAGAUACAUUCUCAUAGAUGAUGUAUCUCUGAUCUGCUGCAUCACGUUGCUACAGGAUGAAAGACAUCCUUUUGUAGCUUUUUUAUACGAUAUAAAUAGUUCGUCCUGACUUUAUAAUUUUAAUAUUAUUUUAUCAUAGCUGUUUAUAUGAUCAUGCAUCUUUGAGGCUUCAUCUGAGAAAAAAGAAAAAGAUUUGUAUUGAAUUGUCAACUGAUUAAGUAUUACAGAUAAAGUAUAAUUUUAUACUUCCUAAGUUAAAAAUUAUAUCUAACUUUUGUACAGUAAACAUACAAUUAAGAAUUUCAAGAUAUUUUUAUAUAGUCCGCAUGAAUCUUACGAAUACGAAUAUGUAUUUAAAAAAAUGUAUAAUUAGCGUUGCAGGGUUAAAAAUAUUCAUUAAGCUAUUAAUAUUAACAUUUUUUAGUGUAAAGAUAUUAUCAAAUGCCGGCAACUCUAGUCCGCAUUGGAAUAAGAGAUGCGAAAGGAAGAUUUAUAUACUUUUUAUUUUUUAACUUAUAGAUUUACGUUGGCGCGAUAUUCUUACGAUCAUAUGAAUAUUAAAAUAA